AUGGCGAAUUGGAUCUCGUCAAAGCUCAAAGCCGCCGAAACAAUUCUUCAACAGAUUGAUCAGCAGGCAGCAGAGUCUCUUCGAAAGGAUGAGAAGUCUGAGACCCAUGACGAGGUGUUUGAGACCUCUUCCAAAUCUGGAAGUCCGGUUUCUUUGAAAGAUCAAUUGAGGAAGAAAACAUAUGAAGGUAGUGAUUAUGGUGGUGCUUCUCAGAGAAACUCAACAGAGCAAAGACCUAGCUACUCAAGUAGCAGUAAAAAUAUACGCAAAUCAGAUCGAUCCCAAGAAGGGACUAGUUCGCCUUCACAAAGUUUGACACAAGAAGAACCUGCACUCGCUGACAAUGACUGGACGGAGCUUCUGAGUACUCCAAAUCAUGGGACCAGCACUUCUAAGCCUCGUACUUCCUCUGGAACAUCUGUGAUUCGGGGACUGAAGAAGGAUGUAAAAAGGCAAGGGAGUUUUGGGAAAAAUACUUUGGUAUCUGAUGGAAAGAAGAGUAGUGGUAAUGUGGUUGGCUCCAGAGGGAGGCCACAAAGACAGCCCAAUAAGGAGCCAAGCGACAAGGAAGUGUCCAGCCCUUCUGAUGCUGACAUGGAAAAUAAGAAUGCUUCUCAGGAUAUAUUUGUGAAGUCAACUCACAAAGAGAGUGAGAAGGAUGUCAGUCCUGAGCCACCUCCCCUGGAUGACUCCACAAGAUCGACUAGUGAGACGUUCACUAGGGAAAAGCUAUCAGAUGUAAGGAAAAAAGAUGUUCGUGAGCCCGGAAGAAGUGCUGUAUGGGGAAAGCAGGUGAGGGGAGAAGUCCCGCGGAGCGAUGUUUCUGAUGGUCUAAAGAGGAAGGAUUCUUCUUUGUCAAGUGAUGAAUCUGAAUCAGAUUAUGAGUCUGAUUCGAGCACUGACUCUGAGAGGGAGCGUCAGAGGGAUGAGCGGAGGAGGAGAAGAGAGAAACUUUUUGCUGAAAAAGUUGCGACAAAAGCUGUAGCGGUCAUCAAAGAGCGAGAGAAUAUGGUAGCAAGACUUGAGGGUGAAAAACAGAGUUUGGAGAAAAUAGUCGAGGAACGAGCUAAACAACAGGCACAAGAGGCUGCGGAAUUGCAAACAAACAUGAUGGAAACACUGGAAGCUGCUGACCUUGAAAAACAGAAGCAUAACAAUACUAGAAUGGAAGUUUUUUCACGCUUGGCAGGAUUAGAGGCCGCAAACGCUGAACUUACGAGAUCGCUCGCUGCCGGGCAGAAGAAGCUUGAGACUCAGAUAGAUCAGGUAGCAGUGCUCCGAGAACAAGUUGAGCUUAAAGAGUCUGCUCUUGAAGGACUGAAGCGAAAAACUUCUAAUAUCCGGGGAAGUGGAAAUCUUUUAGCUAAGUUAGAUGCUUCUAGAGGAGACAUAUUCGAACACCAGAUGCUUGAAGCAGAGAUUUCUUUGCUGACUGAUAAAAUCGGGCGGUUGCAAGAUAAGGCAAAUAAACUGGAAGUAGACAUCAAAACGAUGAGGAAAGAACUGGAAGAACCAACGGAAGUGGAAAUUGAACUCAAACGAAGACUUGACCAGCUAACUGACCAUCUUAUUCAAAAACAAACCCAGGUUGAAGCGCUUUCCUCAGAGAAAGCAACUCUCUCCUUUAGAAUCGAGGCCGUAUCAAGGCUUAUAGAAGAAAACAAAGGUAUGUCUGCGACGGAAGCCUUGUCCCAAGAUCUUGAAGCAGGAGAGUGGGAACUCUCAGGAUCAAAGUUUAAGCCAGUCUUCCAAGAUAAAAUCCGGUCAGGCAAGAAACAUUUAGGAUGGUUAGUGAUGCAGCUAAACGCGAUAUUCGUCUCGGGAACUGUCUUCUUGCGUAGAAACCCGACCGCCAAAAUCUGGGCUUUGCUCUAUCUUGUUUGCCUUCAUCUCUGGGUAUUCUACAUCUUACUCUCUCAUUCCAAUGCUUCUUCUUCAAGUGAACUCAAAUCUGGUGCUGUGAUUUCCUUAGAGAACUUCAGUAAUAGUUCCCUUCGAUAG